CCUACAUUACCUUAUCGCUCACAAAUAUAUCUCUCCAGAGAUGUGAACUAGUUUACAAUUAGUAACCAACUAUAGAAGCAGAUAAAUGAAAAUAACGAACGAAGUGCCGUGGAAAAAGUUUCUGGACGGACGCGAUCAAUUAUUCAACGAAGUAGACAAGAAGUACAACGAAGCGCGGUAAGUAUUCAAGUUGUAGACAGCAUGUUAGCGGACGAGGACGAUUAAAGAAAUAUGCCUCUCCUCUUCAAACUUGGAAGUCCGGUUACGUGCAUAGAAGUUAUAACAUUUUCACACGAGGAAGUUUCUCAGCUCACCAAGACGAGCAAUGAGUCUUUCUUUCACGUAAAGAAUAAGAAGUUCUUUGUAUCCUUGGCAGUCAUAUUUGAUCGCGCAGUUUGCGUACGUGUCUCUCUAAUGGAUUUCGACACAGAAUUGAAAGUAGCCAUAGGAUGGAAUCGUGGGAACAUGGAGUUAGUUGGUAUCUGGCCGGAACCGAGUAGGACCCAUGAACGAUUGCCCAAUUUUAAAGCACUACUUUAUUUGUCCAUUAUAAUCGUGUUCGGAGUUGGACCGCAGAGUGCGAAUCUAUUUUUCAUAUGGGAAGAUCUUGAGUUGGUGACGGAAAAUCUGUCGACGGCUAAUAUACCUGGCAUAAACGCGAUGAUAAAGUUGAUCUUUGCUUUGUAUUACAAGGAAUCUUUCAAGCCAAUUGUGAAGUCUUUCUACGACGAUUGGCAUAAUGUGAAAACAGAAGAAGAGAAAGCAGCGAUGCUGAAAAUGGCUAAACCUUCUAAAUUCAUUUCUAUGUGGUGUUCCAUAUUAACUAUCACGAUGGUCACUGCGUAUCUAAGUCUUCGAGCGGUUACUGUCUACCUGGCUGACAGAGUGAACGAAAAACAGGAUCGUUUGAGCUUGUAUCCAGGAUAUUUUCCAUUUGACAUUCGAUCAGCACCAAUAUUGAUAACGAUCAAUUUUGCUCAAGUGAUCGCAGGAUAUUCAGCCACUAUUUGUUACACCACCGUGGACACCUUUAUCGCGAUGUUGAUCAUGCAUAUGUGUGGACAGUUCGCGAUUUUAAGAAAGAAAUUACUGAGAUUAAUGGGCAAUAAGAAAGAGAGUAAGGGCAUAGAUGAGUUUCAAAAGGAACUGGCUUUGAUUGUCAUCAAGCACGAGCAACUGAACGGGCUAGCUACAAAGAUCGAAGAGUGCUUCAGUAUGCUGUUGUUACUUCAAAUAUUGCUCUGCACCGUCGAAAUCUGUUUCCAAAGUUUUCUAUUUCUCAAUGUGUUACUUAAAAACGAAAACGGGAUCUACAACUUUCAAUUGGUCUUCUUCGUCCUCUUCGUCUGCUUCAUCCUCGUUCACAUAUAUCUCUACUGUUACAUAGGCGAGAUGCUUCUCAUUCAAGGUAAAGAAAUGAGUGACUGCGCGUACGAGUCGAAUUGGUACAACGUCUCACCCCCUGAAGCCAGGUGUCUUCUGUUCAUCAUGAACAGAUCCACUCGUCCACUCUGUUUGACUGCAGGCAAAUUUGGCACUUUCUCUAUGCAAAUGUUCAGCAGCAUUCUAAAAACAGCGAUGGGUUAUCUUUCGGUGUUGCUAACAGUCGCUGGUAGCGAUUGAACCUCUCGAUUCUCUCGGUAUAGAAGUUUUCCUUUAGACUAGGUAUCCUGAGCUGUACAACUCUUCGUCCAUGAAUAUUUCAGCGAGGUGUUGCGACAGUUAAAGCACAACACGAUGUCUUUUAUAUACAUUCACGGAUUAUUGCUGAGCGCAUUAAACGUUUCUCACAAACUUCUGUCUCGUCAUCUUCGAUUCUUGCUCGAACUGAAUGUUUCCUCUGAGACGAAUAAAAAAAAGAUUCGAAAUAGACGAAAGUUUCCGUGCUUCAAUUGCAACUGGACACGAGGCGAAGUUUCUGUUGUUACUUCGAGGAUAAAAUAAUUAUUAUCGAAAAUAAGUUUCACGGAGAAGGUAGACCGUCAAAAACGUAGUUUUUUGUAUUUAGAUUCGUCGGUCUUCGUUCUUAUCGCCGGCGAAUCGAAGGAGUUUGAAUUGCAGGGUCUCUUUCGUUUCGCGAACAUGCAAAUUGCGGCCAUUAAAAGUUCCGAGCGAAAGUCCCAGCGAGACGAUUCAGAAUGCGUAAUGAACGGUACGAAAGGGCUGCGCGCAAUCUGGAGAAUCAGUUGUCGAAACAUCCACGCUGAAGAAAGAAGGAUAAAGAGUAGAAUAAACGUUGGGACGGUCGGAAUUUUACUUUUUUCACGUGGUGAACAAAUUUUUUACUUUCACGAAUUGUUCGUUUGCAAUUUUUGAAACAUUGAUUUUCAGACUCGUAACGCGUUGAGAGCUUUAUGA